AUGGAAUCCUACAAAUCUUCUAUUAGAAAGGUGUUCGGUAUAGUCUUUACCUUGAAGACUUACCCAGACACGAUCCAAAGGACUAAACCUUCGGAAUCAAAAGUCGAUAGCGUAGCUCAUCCACCACUCCUUAAAGAUGGCACUAUCGAAAAUGAAUACACCAUGUCAACAGAGUAUCUCCAAAAGGAAGCAUACCAUGAUUCAUCCAUGAGCUAUCAAGUUGCACAAAUUCUCCUUUGGUCCUUCAUCGCCAUUCUCAUCGCUCCUAUCCUCGUUAUAGUCAACAUACUCUUUCACUUCCGCGACUCCAAGUACUCGUGGGCUGCGAUUGCUGGCUGUGUUUUCUUAAUCAUAUCACUUAUCUCCUACUUCCUUCGCAACAGUAAGGAGCUUGACGAAAACUAUUCCGUGCAAUGGGGAAUGAAGACUAGAGCUACUGCGCAAGAAAUUCAAGAUCGGAUAUAUGCCAAGGAUCGCAAUACGUAG